AUGCCAACCGGCUUCUAUACAAUAGAAGAGAAAGCAAAGCGUAUGGCCAAUAACCAACACUUUCUGCGAACAAAUCAGUUGAAUACAUUUGAAGAGGCAUUUGAAGCAGCUAAACAAAAGCUACGAAAACAGAAGACAGAUGCUAAUAAACGAUUUAUGGUUGUACAAUCAUCUUCAGGGGUAACAAGAAGAAAGCAGAAAGACUAUCACAGGAAAAACCACAAUACAAAAGAAAGCGUGAUCACUAGAAAGAUGAUUGCUUUUUUGAAAGAGAAAAAUGAAAUCUACAAACAUGAUAAAGCAAGGAAAAAGCUGAAGAAUGGUAUCAAGAGCGAAGUGAGAAAAUAA